AUGAGAGAUGUUGGAUCACAUCAUUUUAUCAAAAAUUCAGCUGGAGGGCAUUCGGUAUUGGUCCCUCAGCCCAGCGAUGAUCAGCACGAUCCAUUGAAUUGGAGUCCGAUGUGGAAGGGACUUGCGAUGUUCUGUGCAACAUUGGUUUCUUUCGCCCAAGGAAUGGGCCCAUUAUCAUUAGCGCCUAUGUUUGGUGAUUACAUUGAAGCUUUUGAUUCCGACUUACCCAGCGUCGUACAAUUUACUGGCAUUGCAAUUCUCAUUCUUGGGUUUUCCAAUUUCAUAUGGGUUCCUAUUCAGACGUGCUUUGGAAGGCGACCAGUUCUGAUAUUUUCGUCGUUGAUAUGCUUUGGCAGUAGCAUCUGGAGAGCAAAGGCAACUUCAUACGGAAGCUUUAUGGGCGCUUGCGUGGUCAACGGAAUUGGAGCCGGUCCAGCCGAAACAGCACAGCCUACAAUAAUUGCAGAUAUUAUCUUUCUCCACGACAGAGGGAAAUACCAAACACUCUAUUUUGUGUUCUAUUUUGGCUCUCUCAUGGUGGGACCAAUCAUUGCAGGCCCCAUGGCUGAGAAACUAGGGUGGCAAAGUUUCUGGUGGCUCAACACGGCGCUUCUGGCCUUCACAACUUUAUGCUGCAUAUUUCUCUUUCCGGAAACCAGAUACAACAACCGUUCUCGGUCUCAGCAAGGUCUCGAUUCAUCAUCGCCCCAAUUGAAAGCCGGGUCCCCCGAAAAUCUCCAAGACGAGCCGACAAGCAUCGACAAGAAUUCCCCAGUUGACCAUGUGGAAACUCCAACCGAAGCGCAAGAACAAACUACCACGCAAGACAAAGAUAACCUAGCACCUGUUCUCACCCAUGAAGAUCCUUGGCUUGGCCGCGGCAAGCCCUCCAAAUCACAAUGGAAACUUGCGCAGCCCUACGAAGGGAGCCUCUUUCUCGAAUUCUGGCAUCCAUGGAAACUAUUUGCUUUCCCUAUUGUAGAAUUUGCUGCUUUUGUCGUUUCUUGGUCAGCAUCAGUAUUUCUGACAGUCAACCUCACCCAAUCUCAAGCUUUCGCUGAGCCGCCAUAUAACUUCAGUUCGUCAAAGAUCGGACUCUUCAAUAUCGCCCUCUUGGUCGGUACCUUGAUUGGUCUAUUUACGGCUGGGCCGUUGAGCGAUGCUGUUGCGGCGAGGCUGACUAAGAGACGUGGUGGCAUUCGAGAGCCGGAGAUGAGGUUGCUGGCCAUGGUUCCAUACGUGAUCUUGAUGAUCGUUGGAAAUGUCGUCGUAGCUGUUGGUUAUGAGCAUCACUGGGAUUGGAAGGUUAUUGUCUUCAUCGGCUACACCUGCGUUGGCAUCCAAGUCGCGGCUCUACCAGCAAUCUCUUCGACAUACGCUAUCGAUUCCUACAAACCUAUCACCGGCGCUAUCUUCAUCAAUAUCACUGUCAAUAAAAACGUCUGGGGAUAUGGAUUUUCCAAGUUCAUCACGCCUUGGAUUAUUAGUGAUGGAUACAUCCCGCCUAUUCUGACGAACAUGGCCUUGACGACGUUCUUCUGUUUGACCGGAGUAAUUUUCUGGUACUAUGGAAAGACAUUCAGAAAGUGGACCAAGGACUCAAAGAUGCAUUUGAUGUGA